AUGGAAACACAGAUCGUGUCAAAUCACAUUAUCCCUGAUGCGGAGGCCCUGAUGCCGCCUGCUCUGAUUGCUCUGAUCACAGUGUUGGACACGUUGGAGAUGUGUUCCCGGGAGAGCGACUUCAAAAGCAUCCUGUUCGCCCUGUGUUACUUCCACGCCGUCGUGGCCGAGCGCAGGAAGUUUGGUCCCCAGGGCUGGAACCGCUCGUACCCUUUCAACACCGGAGACCUCACCAUCUCCAUCAGCGUGCUCUACAACUACCUGGAGGCCAGCCCCAAGGUGCCGUACGAUGACCUGCGUUACCUGUUUGGGGAGAUCAUGUACGGGGGCCACAUCACCGACGACUGGGACCGCCGCCUCUGCUCCACCUACCUGGAGGAGUACAUCACCGUGGAGAUGACGGAGGCGGGGCAUCAGCUGGCCCCGGGCUUCUGUCUGCCUCCAAACAUGGACUACAGUGGCUACCACCAGGUAAAGAGACGGGAGAAUCUGGUGUGUCCGAUUAUUAUUUAA